AAACAAGUGCAAUUCCAAUAUUUGCAGAAAUCUCUAAUUCAGACAGAAAACGACAUUUCCAGUCAAAAAUGCGGGCCGAGGGUGGCUCUCAGGUCAUCCAGUACACUGGAGGCCAACCAAUCAGUACAUACAGUACACAAGGGCGGAGAAAGGGUGAGGCGGAAGAAGAGUGGGUAACGACCAAGAAAGUUGAAAUAACAACAACAAAAAAUGUCGAGAAAAAAAUUCAACGGCAGAUAGUUCUGGAGGAUGGAAGAGUAUUAGAGGAGGAGAUACCUACUGUUACUAAUGAUACUACAGAGGAUAAACAGACAUUUGAAACUGAUCAUGAUGAGGACAGGAAAAUUGAGGCGGGAUCCGGACUGGACCUUAUACAAAGCAAAUUUCAUUCCAAGGGUGGAUUACUGGUUGGAGACAAAUUUACUUCUAUUAAGAAAAUUCAGGAUAUCAAAGAGAAUGUUGUUAAAACUGAGGCUGUCCAGGAUAUGGGAGAUAUUCGAUCAAAGGAUGUUGCGAGAGUACUUAAAGAAAAAGAGGAUUUAAGAAAAUAUCUGCGCCCUAAGGAAACUACAGCUUUGGUGGUUCCCCGCUUGGUUCAAAAUAAGAGAAAUCAUCGAGUUAUUACCGAUCAAGAAGACGUGCAGGAACGGAAUUGGUUAAACGAUGGAAAGAUGCAAAAUGAGAGGAUCAAAACUGAGAAACAUAUUGAAUAUGAUUCAGAUGACACUCCAGACUCAGGUUCAAGUUCUUCAAAGUCUGAAAUAUCUCGUCACGCUCUGGAACCAGAGAUAUAUAAAACAAGAAAAGAUGAGAAUUUUAUUGAAUAUUUCAAAAUAGAUCGGUCCAAUGGAACUGAAAAGCUAGUAAAGGUUGGAGAUGGCGCUCAUUAUGUUUCUGAAUCCAAGGAGGUUGAUUUAGAGGAGGAACGUUUAUUACAAUCUGCCACCAGGUCACCUAAAAUAACUCAUGUAACUGCUCAAACAGAGAGAAGACCCAAAAUUCCCGUUACGCAUACAGACUCAUGGCUUGAACGCCAUUUUGGAUCAAGCAGUUCAUCUCUAAGUAGCAGUUCUGUAGAUCUAAGCCGAGGAGGCGGAGGAAGUGGACUCCGCCGCUCCGCCUCAAUCUGCGAUAUUCGCCCUCUCACGGAGACUAGUAACGUCUACUACGCAACAGUUCGCAAAACUGGGAAAGUUCCUGUUCCAAGAAGAAAGAAGAAAGAUGAUUACUAUCUGGAGAAUAGAAGAAGCGCUCAUUUUACAUCUUCCGGUCACCCUGUCCCCCCUCCCAGGAGAAAGAAGAACACUGAUUCGGAUUCUUCACAAUACAUGUCUAGAGAGAAUAAUAUCUACGAAAGCACUUCCGGAACUCUGAGACGAGAAAAAAAGCCUGAGUAUAUUUAUGGAACUUUGAAGUAUUUUUGUUAUAUUUCUCUAGAAGCCUGAGUAUAUUUAUGGAACUUGAAGUAUUUUUGUUAUAUUUCUCUAGAAGCCUGAGUAUAUUUAUGGACAUUUGAAGUAUUUUUGUUAUAUUUCUCUAGAAGCCUGAGUAUAGUUAUGGAACUUUGAAGUAUUUUUGUUAUAUUUCUCUAGA